CGGAGAGCGGAAGACAGACUGGGUUAGUGAGAGUGAGGGUCCCGGCUGAGAAGGAGGGGAUGAGACUGUCCCGGGCUGUGUGAGUCGCUGCUAUUUCGGUUUGUCUCUCCCUCAUCAGCAGGAGAAUGGCGGAUGCACCGUCAGGCCCGAGCGUUCUCUCUCACUACGCCGGGGCCGGACUCGCUGGAGAACAGCAGCGAGAGGAGGAGAGACACAAGGGCCGCCAUCACCACCAGCUCAACGGGCUCAUCAGCCCCGACCUGCGGCACCUGAAGGCCGUGUCCUCCCUGAAGAACAAGCUGCUCGAGCAGAAGACCAGGAAGGACUCCGGCCUUGUCCAGCCCCAGGGACGGACUGAUACACGGGCUCCCAACGGACUGGAGCGGCUCCAGGGGGAGGAGGAGAAGCUGAGCGCGUGUCUGGCCUCCUGCAGCCUCCGGGGAGAUGGGGAAGCGCUCGGCAAUCACGUCAGUCAGGGGGAGAACGACGACACGAUACGAUAUGUGCGAUACGAGUCCGAGUUACAAAUGGCAGACAUCAUGAGACUCAUCACCAGGGAUCUGUCCGAACCUUACUCCAUUUAUACCUAUAGAUAUUUUAUUCACAACUGGCCGCAGCUUUGCUUUUUGGCCAUGGUAGGCGAAGAGUGCGUAGGUGCCAUCGUUUGCAAGUUGGAUAUGCACAAAAAGAUGUUCCGACGAGGUUAUAUAGCCAUGUUAGCUGUGGAUUCCAAAUACAGAAGAAAGGGCAUUGGUACACAUUUGGUUAAGAAAGCUAUUUAUGCCAUGGUUGAAGGGGAUUGUGAUGAGGUUGUAUUGGAAACAGAGAUUACAAACAAGUCGGCCUUGAAACUGUAUGAAAACCUUGGCUUUGUGCGAGAUAAGCGCCUGUUCAGAUACUAUUUAAAUGGAGUAGAUGCACUGCGUCUUAAACUAUGGCUGCGUUAAGGAAGGAACGUCACGUCGAGGAAGUAAUCCCCGAUCGAUGCUUGUCCGGACAUCACAUCCAUGCAGCUCUUUUGUCAGUAUCCCGUUGAGUGUCGCACAUAAAUGUUGCACUAAGGCAUGGCGCACGUGUCCUGAGCUCAGAUUAUUUCUAACAUCACGAAGACCUUUUGGGUACGAGCAGGAUGCGCCAGUCGCUAGCCAAGACAGAUUCAUAAAUUUGCAAAUCUACUGACUGUGUUGAAGAAUUAUCAUUGAACCUAUAUGAGAACUGCAAUCUCCGGUUCCCGGGUGGGGGGGGGAUACAUUACUAACAUUUCAUACAGAACUCGCCAUAGUUUUCUGAGGAAGACAAAAAUAAAGCUUUUGAUUUUAGCUUUUAUUUUUCACUAUUGAAUUUUCCAUUCUUUAAUAUUGUUACCUCCGUAAAUAGUGAAUGACAAUAAAAUCCAAUGUAUUGUGGGGCGGGGUGUGCAUUACAAAAAGUAAUUCAAUUGCGUCUGCCGAUGCUUGUAUAAAUAUAUUUGUCUUCCCCCACUAUA